AUGUCUGAAGACGACGACAUUCGGCGCAAGCUCUCGCAAGAUGCAUACUCGGUCUCUCUAGAUGCUCUCGGUGUCAAACGAGCUGAUGGCGCUCAACUGCCGUCCAACAGUCCCUGUGAAGACCGCUACAAUCGCGCCCAGCCAGUUCCUCUCUGGGAAGGCGAGGAGACCUGGGUUGGCGUUACGAUUUUUGAUGGCCACUAUGGAUGGCAAACCGCGGACCAUCUUGAGAAGGAGCUCUUGAGCUGGGUGCAAGCCAAACUUAACAAGCUCCAACCCGCCUCACGAACCGACGCAUCGAUCCAGGAUGCCAUCGAAGCGGCGUUUACCGAGCUUGAUGACUCCAUAAUCAAUAAUUACGUUGCAUACGCACGAAGCAAGGACAUGACGCUCGAGCAAAAGGUGCCCUACAUGGAGGUGGCCAUGGCUGGGUCGUGCGCGCUGCUUGUGCUCUACAACCCCAACACCAAGACGCUGUAUACAGCGUGCACGGGUGACUCGAGAGCUGUUCUCGGGUAUCAGGCGUACGACGGCACGUGGUUGCCCGUGGCGCUCUCCGAGGACCAAACGUGCGCGAAUGAUGCCGAGGCGGCCCGACUGCGCGAGGAGCAUCCCAACGAAGAGGGCGUUCUCAAGGACGGGCGGGUGCUGGGGCUGGCCGUCUCCCGCGCCUUUGGCAACUUUCGCUGGAAAUCGCGGCGCGAGGAGCAGGAGGAGUUUGGCCGGCGGUUCCUGCACUGCGGCCCCGUGGGCGGGCGGGAGCGGACACCGACGCCGCCGUACCUCAUCGCGCGGCCCGUCGUGACGGUCGCCCGGCUGCGCGACGAGGGCCCGGCCGUGCUCGUCGUCGCGUCGGACGGCAUCUGGGACCAGUUCGAGAACUACGAGGUGGUGGACCUCGUGGUGCGCUGGCUCGAGGCCCAGCCCGAGAGCAGCCUCGCGGCGAUGCGCAUGACGCUGACGAGGACCCCCGACACGGUGUGGUGGAAGAAGACGCCGCCGCCGCCGGCAGAGGCGCACUGCCCGCCGGGGUUUGACUUUUUGGAGCGCUGGAACAACUUUGAUAUUCGCUUCCGCGAGGAGAGGGGAGUGGUUGAGGAUCUGGACAAUGUUGCGGUGCAUAUCCUGCGCAACGCGUGCGGCGGCAACCACCAGGAGCUGCUGAGAGCAAGGCUCGCGUAUCGUCCGCCGUUUUCGCGAGAUGUACGGGAUGACUUGACUGUGCAGGUUUUAUUCUUUUGA